AUGUGGAGACCAACAUCACUCCUCGCGGCCGCGUUAGCAGUGGUGCCCUCGCAGGCGCUGCAUUUCUACAUGGAAGGGGCGCUUACAAAGUGCUUUUAUGAGGAAUUGCCAAAGGACACUUUAGUCGUGGGCCACUACCACGCCGAAGCCUGGGACGACCUCCACAAAACCUUCCUCACCAAACAAGAAGUCUCCGUGUACGUCACCGUCGAGGAAACCUUCGACGACAACCACCGCAUCGUGGCCCAACGCGGCAAGUCGGAAGGUCGCUUCACCUUCAGCGCUGCAGACAGCGGCCAGCACCGCAUCUGCGUGCAGCCGCAGAACGUGCAGAGCUCUGGUAGCGGGUGGCUCAAUGGCGGGAUUCAUGGCACCGUGCGGUUUACGCUCGAUAUGGCGAUUGGCGAGACGAGUCGGAUUGAGCGUGAGGAUAAGGAUAAGGUGGAGACGUUGGUGCAGAAGGUGCAGGAUUUGAAUAGCCGGUUGCAGGAUGUGCGGAGGGAGCAGGUGUUUCAACGGGAGCGAGAAGCCGAAUUCCGCGACCAAUCCGAACACACAAACUCGCGCGUCGUCCGCUGGACUCUUAUCCAACUCGUUAUUCUCGCUGUAACGUGCGUUUGGCAACUCUCGCAUCUGCGCGCCUUCUUCAUCAAGCAGAAGCUUACUUAG